AUCAACCAUUGAGCGCCAGUUGUUAUUGAGUCAGCUUGUACAACAGCAGAGCGAAAAUUAUUUUAAUAUCGCACAUAGUAAACGGUAAUUUAUCAUUGGGCACUUUAUUAUAAUACUUCUUAUUAACGCUAUUAAUAAUUUUCUCCGUGUAAUAUUAAACCAAAGAGAAUCUAUAUGUGUAACAUUAUUAUACUCUCGACGUUACACAAGUAAAUAAUUAAGCAUUUGAUACAAACAAACACAAGUGUGAAAACAAGUGUGAGAAUAAAAUACGUGUGUUUGCAAAGUGCAUCUGUGUUUAUUUGCAUUUGAAAAUAAGUCAAGACUAAAAUGUCAAUGUAAUCUUUCUACAAUAUUAUUCAAGUUAGUUCGUCAAUUAAAUACUAUCCAAUUCUGUCGGUAAAUUUUUGACACAGUAAUCCAUUAUGAAAAUAAACUUAGUGGUUGGUAUUGCGUUUCUCAUUAUCAAGAUAAUACUAGCUGGCAGAGAAAUCAUGAUACCUUCGAACGCGAAAUCAUGGAUAUCAACGGAAAAUUUCACAACGAUAAUACAUAAAUCGUUUUUAUAUUCCAAGUGUUGCAAUAUAUAUUUGAGCGACUCGAUUCACGACGUGGAAGUAUUGUUCAAUCAGUUUCGAAACAUCUAUCCUUACGAAUAUCUUUUACGCCGAAAAAUCUACGAAUGUCAGGGAUAUUUUCUGUUGGGACCGACAGACAAGGAAAUUGAGAGAGUCAUGACAAGAGUACCCUCGACCAUCUCAACAACGGAAAUUCUUGUUAUCGUUGACGGUGUGUUAGAUAACAAUUCAACAAUUUUUAAUGUUUCCUUAUAUGGAAAUUCUAACGCCAACAUUGUGUCAAAAUCGGGAAUUUGGACCUUGUCGGAAAAUUAUUUAAAACCUAGAUUUUUUUUAAAGGUAGACAGCUACAACGACUUGAUGAAUGAAUUCAAUAUAAUUAAUAUGAGAGGUAGAGAACUGCAAGUGUGUUCGUUCUAUCGACCGCCCGUUUCUUAUCUCAACAGAACGACCAAAAAAGUAAUUAACGGCGUCGAAGAAGAAGUUUUUUUAGCGGAUAAUGAUGAGGAAAAAGACGGUAUAGAAAUCCAAAUAUUUCUGCUUAUAGCGGAAAAAUUGAACUUUACUUGGACAAUACGAAAACCACCAGGGACCUAUCGAUACGGUCGACGCGUAAACAACACGUGGCAAGGAGGUGUUAUCCAAUUAUUACAAGAGAAAAAGAUCGAUCUGGCUUUCGGCGGUAUCUGGUUAACGGACAGCACAAACGAGUUUGCGAACAUGUCGGAACCGUGGUAUCAGAUGUUUUUGCAUUUCUUAGUACCACGUCCGCAACCGACCACCAAUUUCUGGGCGCUCACAAGACCAUUUUCGAUAGACUGUUGGAUCUUAUUGAUAAUUAUGUUGUUCGUCGAGAGCAUGUAUAUGUGCGCACGUGCCAGAAUCGAUCCAAAAUUUCCGAAACGUUUUCGAAGUUUUUUCUCGACAAUUACGGAGUUGAUGGGUCGCCUGUUAGGCACGUGGGUACCAAGAAACACAAUCAAUGCUAGAUUCGAACUUCAUUUGUGGCAAACUGUAGGAGUCAUACUGGUAACCGCUUACAGCAGUAGUCUUGCAGCGAGACUUGCGAGCUCGGAGUACGAAGACAGAAUCGAUACGGUACGUCAACUUCUCGAGGCAAAUUUGUCGUGGAGUCGAAGAGGACCAGAACCGCCUUAUGACGAUUACUUCGACAUGAAAGAUCCUUAUAUGAGUCAGUUGCCGUCGAGAUUUAUUCUCACACAAACUAAGGAGAUGAUGAAUGAAUUAAUCAAGAAAGGAAAUUUCGCUAUUCUCGGAACAGUCAUAGGCUCGAUCUUCUUUCCAGAAGAUGAACUUUCGAACGAUAACUUCACAAAUUAUAGAGUUAUGAAGCAGACGGUUGGCAGCUAUUAUUCAUCCUUCGCCGUCCAACCGUGGCUACUACGACCUAUUAAUACAAUAAUAUUAUGGUUGAAAGAGUCAGGCAUUACGUACUAUCAUCUCGAUAACGUUAUCCGUCGAAAAACUACAAUUAAUCUUCGAGAAGUUCUCAAAGAAUACGAUGGACUUGAUAAUACCGCUCACGUGCUUGGACUAACACCGUUAGCCGCCGGAUUUACAACGCUUAUUGUGGGUCUUUUGAUAUCUAUAAUGGUUUUUUUUUACGAGAUAAAACAAACCGCCGGUUUACGACCGAUCCGCGAAGUUUUUCGAGAGAUUCAUCAGAAACGAAAAACGCGCGAGCUGUCGAACAUGCGCGAGAUGUCGGAAACAAAAUAAAUACAAGAAACAGAAUAAUUUUGAGCAAUCAGAGUUUUAAACGGUUUCUUUUUAAAUCUCUCUGUUCCGAUAGAUUACAUUGCGCUAUUGCAUCAUUAUAUCUUUAUCAUUAGAUGAUUAAAUGUAAAACAAAGAACAAACAUA